GCUGCGCGCGGCGCUUCCCCCACCCGCUAAUGUUUUGGCCGAUUCAAGAUGGCGGUGCAGGAGUCAGCUGCUCAGCUCUCCAUGACCCUGAAGGUGCAGGAGUACCCGACCCUCAAGGUGCCCUACGAAACACUGAAUAAACGCUUUCGGGCUGCUCAGAAAAACAUUGACCGAGAGACGAGCCACGUCACCAUGGUGGUGGCUGAGCUGGAGAAGACCUUGAGCAGCUGCCCCGCUGUGGACUCCGUGGUCAGCCUUCUGGAUGGUGUGGUGGAGAAGCUCAGCGUCCUCAAGAGGAAGGCGGUGGAGUCCAUCCAGGCCGAGGACGAGAGCGCCAAGCUGUGCAAGCGCAGGAUCGAGCACCUCAAGGAGCACAGCAGCGACCAGCCGGCGGCGGCCAGCCUGUGGAAGAAGAAGCGCAUGGACCGCAUGAUGGUGGAGCACCUGCUGCGUUGUGGGUACUACAACACGGCUGUGAAGCUGGCCCGGCAGAGCGGCGUCGAGGACUUAGUGAACAUCGAGAUGUUCCUGACGGCCAAAGAAGUGGAGGAGUCCCUGGAGAGGCGCGAGACGGCCACCUGCCUGGCCUGGUGUCACGACAACAAGUCCCGGCUGCGCAAGAUGAAGGUGUGCGGGCACCCGGGGUGGGGCUGUGGGACUCGGUCCCCUCCCCCCUCCUGGACGCUCCCUCUUCCCUGGGACACCCCUCUUCUGUCUGGUGUGGCCAUGGUGCCCUGGGCUUAG